AUGGGAGGCCACCACCCGCUGGCCUACUUCCACGCGCAGCAGCGGCGCCACGGCCGACCAACGGCCAACGACCUGACGUUCCUCUGCUCUGCCUGUGCCGGCCGAGAUGGCCUGGCGUUCAGUGAAGCGAGGGAGUGCGUGGCAAGGCGACGCAAGCGGGUCGUGAAGACCAGGAUCGAGCGGCCGCCGAGUCCCAUCACCAACCCGGAAAUCUACGAACAGCUGCGGACCGGCGACUUUUCGCUGCUCGACGCCAUGAACAGACCUCCGGCUCCGGUUCCGGCCGUCGCCCUGCCGCGGCUCAUCCGCGACCGAGAGCUGCUGGCGGGUGCCGACACCAGCGCCGCACUGCGUGGCCAAGCCGCGGCGGCGCUCCUGCACCGACCGCUGCAGGUCGCCCAUCGCGUCCCAAUCCAUCAACUCACCGGCGAGCUGCCCUGGAUUCUUCACCAACUACAGAGUCGGCCGAUGCUGCUGGUCGGUACCUCGGGCGGCAGCGUGCUGAGCUACACCGCUGACCACUCGCAGCUGCGGCUCUGCGUCGACACCGAGCACCCGGACAUCGCCUGCCUCGCCGCCACGUCAGCAUCGGAGGACCUCCUCCUGUCGUGCGCCUGGGGCAGCGGCGACCUCCUCGCCCACGACCUCCACACCGGCCGACCGGUCGCACGAGGGGUCGGCCACACCCGGUUCUGCCGAUCGCUAGUCGGCGACCCGGCCCAGGCGGCCCUGGUGCUCAGCGCCUCGUACGACGCGACCGUGCGCCUGUGGGACCUCAGGGCGGCUGCUGCAGGGCGCGUCGACGACGGCCCGCGCGGGGCCGGGGCCGAUGGCGGAGGUGGUGGCUCUGCGCGGCCACAAGGGGAGCGCGACGGCUGCCCACUUCCUCCCCGGCGACUCGCACUACGUUCGUCGGCGGACCACAGCCUUCGGUUGUGGGACGUGCGGAAGCCGGGCGCGUGGGUGCUCAAGGUGGACACGGGCCACUGGCUGUGCUCCCUCGCCCUUUCCCCGAACGGCCACUAUUUGGCCGCCAACGCGCUUCCCGGAAAGGUGUUGGUGUUCGAGACUUGGCGGCUUUUGUCUCCUCGGGGCGAUGGCGUCGACGCGCCCAAACACGUGCUCUACGGCCACACCAACAUCCGCUGGGCAACUCAGCGGCCCUGCUUCUCGCCCGACAGCCGGACCAUCGCCAUCGCGUCAGAGGAUGGGAGGGUGGUGACGUGGAGUACGGCGUCGGGGGAGCUCCUCGAGCGCCAGGCCGACUCCCAUCCGUCUGGCGCCUGGGCGUGGGACGUGGCCUUCGACCGCCACCGGCCCGAGGCCGACGACAUCCUCUUCUCCUGUAGCGACGACGGCUUCCUCGCCUGUCUCCACCGGCACUGCGGUCAUCCAGCAGCAGCUUCUUGA